UAUUAAUUAAAUAAAUCCAAAUGAAUCACGAAGCUGAAAGUGCUCCAUUAAUUUAAGAAGAAUUCCCGGUUCAAUAAUCCCAGAUAACUGUCCAGGAGCAACCAAAAAUAGUUUCAAUCAAUAAGUUAUUCCUCUAAAAUACUGCUUAAGCUUUUAGUCCUGGUACGAUGAUUAGCAAAUAACUUUACAUUUUUACACGAACUCUAAAAAAGUAUUGAUUGAUAUACAAACUGUUUAGAUCAAUUGAAUAAUAUAGAAACAAUGAGAGCAUCCAAUUUUUGAAGAAUGUCUCAACAUCUUUAGAAGAAUUCGAUGGAGUUUCUUAUAGCAAUGAAGCAUUAAAUUAGGAUUAGUCUUUAACAGCAAAAGGGUUUAAGUUUUUUGGCAAGGCAAUCUCUAAGAUUAGAAAUAAGUUUAGAGGAGAAGAAUCACAACAAGAACCAUAAGGAAAUUAAUAGUAAAAUAGAAAUGAAUCUCUAAUCCCAGAAUAAAGUCAAAGGAUAGAUGAAGAACAUGUCUGAAUAUAUAAAAAUUAAAUUUCCACAAAAUCCCCU